AAGAAAGUCCCAGAGCAGAGGAAGGAAGCCAGGCUAGCCAGCCAGAUAAAGAAUGGCCUCCGUUCAUCUGCACCCCCCACCACUCCGGCCGCCGGAGGUCUCCGCCGGCUACAGAAACUGCCGCAGAUUCGUCACAUUCACCUCCAGGAAGAGAGGCAAGUCAGUCUCCUUCGCCGCGAACUCGCUGGAAUCGGCCCUGGAACCUGCCCAAAUCGAGCUCGAAUUCAUUGGGCCGAAGGCGGGUGGCGACGGGAAGUUUCCGGUGGACAGAGCGACGGCCGUGAGCGGAGAGAAGCUCCUGAGGAACAUCAUGUUGGACAACAAGAUUGAGCUCUAUGCCGCCUACGGGAAGGUGAUGAAUUGUGGGGGUGGAGGAAGCUGUGGAACAUGCAUUGUGGAGAUUGUCAAUGGAAAAGAUCUUUUAAAUGAAAGGACAAAUACUGAACUCCGCUAUCUGAAGAAGAAACCGGAAUCAUGGAGGCUGGCCUGUCAAACAAUUGUUGGAAACAAAGAAAACUCCGGGAAGGUUGUGGUUCAAAGAUUGCCUCAGUGGAAGAAGUGAUGAUGUGAAGAAGCAUUUGUAUUGCUACCAAAAUGGGAAUGAGAAAAAGGGACCAAAACCAAGCAGCAUAUUUCAGAUCUGAAACAAAGCCAAGUAACCAAAUCAAAACCCCUUUCUUGGCAAGCUUUAUGUCCAUAUUUGUACUUUGUGUACAUUACAGUAUAUGUGUGCGCGCACGCUCGCUGUUGAUUUGUGCCAAGGAUUAUAUGACCUGUUAUUUGCUUGUCUGUAGUGUUUGUUGAUUAUUCAAGAAAAUAGAUUGAUAAGAAUGGUUAUAGAGAAAUGAUUGGCGAGUUAG